CUCCUCACUCAGUGCGGGGACCAUCACAGCUCAUCCUCCUCCCUCCUCCUCCUCCUCCCUCCCCGGCUCUCCCCUCUUUGUAGAUGAGUGUAGCGGACUCCUCUGCCCCCAUUGUCUGUGUGCCCGGUGCCUAGUGCCCCCCUCCUCCUCCUCCCGGUGCCGCCAUGGUCCUGGUCCUGGCGGCUGGCAGCCUCUUCUUCCCAGGUCUCUUCCUGCUGGCCAGGGCCGGGCUCCGGGGGAUACCUACCUUCCGGGGAGACCAACCCAACGCCGACAUCGUGGCCGCCAGGCUGGUGUCCUCUAUACAAGCGGUGUUGGCAUCGACGGCCGGGUACAUAGUGGCAUCAAGCUGCAAAGAUGUCAUUGAGGACCAGCACUGGCUCGCUCCCACCUACACCCGCUUUGCUCUGCCCUAUUUCACUUAUGAUAUCUACGCCAUGUACCUCUGCUACUGGCACAAGCAUAAGGUGAAAGACCAUGCCGGGGGCUACGGUCUGCUCAAGGCUUACCUCUACAAGGAGUUCCUGAUGGUCCUUCACCAUGUCUUCAUGGUACUCGUCUGCUUCCCCGUGUCUGUGCUCUGGAGGGAAGGAAAAGGUGACUUCUUCUUGGGUUGCAUGCUGAUGGCCGAACUCAGCACUCCGUUUGUUUGUCUGGGCAAAGUGCUCAUCCAGUAUAAGAAGCAGCACACGCUUCUGCACCGGGUGAAUGGUGUCAUCAUGCUGGUGACGUUCUUCUGCUGCCGUCUCCUGCUCUUCCCGUACAUGUACUGGGUAUAUGGACAGCGGGUCGGACUGCCUCUCUACAAGGUCCCGUUCAGCCUGUCUGCAGAAUAUAACCUCGGCGCUGCCGUCCUCAUGGCCCCCCAAGUCUACUGGUUCUACCUAAUCUGCAGAAGAGCUUACAGUCUGUUCCGACAGUCAAUGAUGAGUCAGCGGCCCAAAAAUGGACAUCCGGCACCUGACAGCCCUUCAGCCAAAGACCAGGACUGCUCACAGUGACGCCUCCACCCCCCCCCCUCCGUUUAGUUCCAACAUGUCCGCACCCAGCCACAGAGCCCCAACCCCAAAAACAUGAGACCCGCUGAGGCCGCGCUACAGAGAGACUGUGCCUAUCCAAUGGAGGCACUUAGGCACCUUAUAAAUGUACUGCUUAAGAGGUCCACAGGAAGUCUCUGAAGUGUCCCGGAGCGAAGUGAGAGGAGACAUUAACUCCCCGUGGAGAUGGAAAAACAGUCUUACCUGCUACGUGACAGUAUUACCAUGUACAGAGUUCACCAAUGCUCUGUCAUUCUUAUAGAAGGUUUACUAUUUGCAGUACUCCUGGUGACCACUAGGGGUCACUGCCCCCCAACAGUUUGCCAUUCGUGCACGAUUUGCAGUCCUCAAAUUGACCACUGGGUGUCACUGUCCCUCACACUGUCAUAUAAUAAUCGCUGCAGUACCAGUGAACGUGGCGUCACUGCCACCAACAUGCUGCACUUUGUAUAUUAUCUGCAGCACUGCUAAUACUCCACUGGAUGCCAGUGGCCCCCCAACACCAUAUUGAUGUACAAUUUACAGAACUCUAAAUCCACCCAGGGCGCACUUGCCAACCAUUGUUGUCAUUUCCAUUCAAAACUUAAUAUAUGCAGUCUGUGAAACACUGUCAUGAACAGGGCCGUCUUAAUAGCAUCUUGGGCCCCUGGGCAAAGUAAUGCUCUGGGGCCCCUACAAUGAUGACAGUGCAGGU